AUGCAGUAUACACAUGUGGGUGUGUCAACCACGGCAUCGGCAGCACAAGUACCUGAUGCAUCUGUUGAUUUAGCUGAUGUGGGAUGGAAGCAUUGCACUUGUCCAGAUUUGCUGAAGAAGCAUUCACUGAAGUGCAACUAUUGUGGGAAGAUUUGCACUGGUGGUAUUACUAGAAUCAAAAUCCACCUUUCUGGAAUUAAAGGGUUGAAUGUUAGAGGAUGCAAAAAAUGUCCAGCUGAUGUCAAAGAGCAGAUGAUUGAGUUGCUGACAAAGAAGGGAGAAGUGAAAGAAAACAAGGCUAAAGAAUUGGAGAUUCGUAGAGCUCAAGUGGACUUGAGUCACUCGGAGGGAGAAGCGUCAAGUGAUGAUAAUUCCAAUUCUGUUCUUGUUGUCAAGAAAAAAAGAGGCCGAAGUUCCUCCUUAGGUGGCCCUAUGGAUAAGUUUUGCAAACUACCAGUAGAGGAUGUCGUAGCUGCGAGGAAGGGCAAAAGCUUGGCAGUGAAGGUCCAGUCAAAGUUGUCAACUGCGGAAAGAGAAAAGAAGAGGAAUCGAGCGUGUGAGUACAUCUGUCAGUUCUUCUAUGAAGCAAGCAUUCCACACACCACAGUCAACCUACCAAGCUUUGAUUUGAUGCUUGAGGCUAUUGUGGACUUCGGGGGAGACUUGCGAGGGCCUACUCCUUAUGAAAUGGGUGGCCCAUUUUUGCAGAAGAGGAAGCAGAGAGUGUUGGAUUCCUUCAAGCCACAUAAGCAAUCUUGGGAGCUCUCUGGAUGCACAGUCAUGACAGAUGCUUGGACGGACAUAAGAGGCAGGGGAGUGAUGAAUCUGGUUGUUCAUAGUGCCUAUGGCGUGUGUUUCCUUGAUUCUGUGGACUGUUCAGCUAUGAGGAAAGAUGGAAAAUACAUCUUCGAACUUGUUGAUAAUUGGAUAGAACAAAUAGGAGAGAAAAAUGUAGUUCAAGUGGUGACCGAUGGUGCUAGUGUGAAUAAUGCAGCAGCUUGUUUAUUGAAAGCAAAGCGCCCAUCCAUCUUUUGGAAUGGUUGUGCUGCCCACUGUAUUGAUCUUAUGCUUGAAGACAUAGGGAAGCUUCCAACGGUUGACACAACAAUUAGCAAAGGAAGGGCUUUGACAGUGUUUUUGUAUGCUCAUACACGAGUUCUGGACUUGAUGAGGAAAUUCCUUGGGAAAGAUCUUGUUCGAUCUGGAAUUACUAGAUUUGCUACAGCAUAUUUGAACUUGAAGAGCCUGCUGGAUAGUAAGAAAGAGUUGAUGAGGUUGUUCCGGUCAGAUGAACUCCAUGACUUGGGGUAUUUACAAAAGGUGAAGGGGAGUACAGCUGCUAAAACUGUGCGCUCAGAAACAUUUUGGAAACAGGUUGACACCGCUGUCAACUACUUUGAGCCAUUGGCAAACGUACUCAGGAGAAUGGACAGUGAUGUGCCGGCAAUGGGGUUCCUAUAUGGCCAUUUGUUGGAUGCAAAGAAGGAAAUUUCUGCGAGGUUUGACAAUCAGCAACAUCGUUUUCAGCGAGUGUCCGAGAUCAUUGACAAAAGAUGGGACAACAAGCUGAAGCAGCCACUACAUAAGGUUGGUUACUACUUGAACCCAUACUACUAUUAUGAAAACAAGGUGGAAAUUGAGUUAGAUGAAACAUUUAGAGAAGCACUGGUAGCUUGUAUUUCAAAGAUGGUUAGCAAGGCUGAAAUGCAAGACCGAAUCAUGGAGGAGGUUGAGCAAUAUAAAGAUGCGUUGGGGUCAUUUGGGAGGGAUAUGGCUGUUCAGACAAAGAGACGCAACAUACUACUUCAUAACAAGAUGAGGGACUUCGUAUUUGUCAAAGCCAAUUCUAAUCUCCAGCACAAGAAAGAGAACAAAAACUGGGACCCUAUUGAGAAAGUAGUUGAUGAUGUUCUAGAAGAUGAGACGAAUGAGUGGAUCACUGGAAUUGUUCCUGAACAAGCACAAGAAGUGGAACCUGAAGGCGCGCAAGAUGAAGCAGCAACAUCACAUGAGGUAGCAGCGCAAGCACAAAGCCAAAAUAAAAGGGGUGUUCACCUUAGGAAGAAGUUGAAGAUUCUUCCUAUACAUCAAGAUGAAGAAUUGCAAUCUCUAUCUUCUUCUUCUGAUUCAGAAGAUGGUGAUGGGAAUGCCAUGCACUCGCCAUAUGUGUCUGAUUGCGAUGAUUCUUAUUAG